CCUCUUCACUAACUCACACGCACACCAUUUUCGUCAUCUUUUGCAGACGCCAGACUCCACUCUCUCAAUCCGUCAAACUCUAGACAAACCCUCGAAAGCUUCUUAAGAGAUGGGCGAUCACAGCGCCGCCGCCAAGCUUCCGAUUCCCGGGAAGCGGAAUGUCCUCAUCACCAGCGCUCUGCCUUACGUCAACAACGUCCCCCAUCUCGGAAACAUCAUCGGAUGCGUGCUUAGCGCUGAUGUGUUCGCGAGGUACUGCCGGAUGAGGGGUUAUAACACGCUCUACAUUUGUGGUACGGAUGAAUAUGGGACCGCGACUGAGACCAAGGCGCUGGAGGAAGGGUGCUCGCCGAAGGAAAUUUGUGACAAAUACCAUGCUAUCCACAAAGAGGUAUAUAAGUGGUUCAACAUAAGCUUCGAUGAGUUUGGUCGUACGUCAAGUCCACAGCAGACUGAAGUUUGUCAAUCAAUUUUCAAGAAACUUUGGGACAACAACUGGCUUGUAGAGAACACAAUGCAACAGCUCUAUUGCGAUACGUGUAAAAGAUUCUUGGCUGAUAGGCUUGUAGAAGGUAAUUGCCCAACACCUGGAUGUAAUUAUGACUCUGCACGUGGUGAUCAAUGUGAAAAGUGUGGGAAGCUCUUGAAUCCCACGGAACUAUUGGAUCCUAAAUGCAAGGUUUGUCGCAAUACUCCGCGCAUCCGUGAUACAGAUCACCUGUUUCUUGAACUUCCUCUGCUGAAGGAUAAAUUAGAGGAGUAUGUCAGCCGCAUGUCAGUGGCUGGAGGGUGGAGUCAGAAUGCUAUCCAAGCAACAUAUGCUUGGCUUAGAGAAGGGCUGAAACAACGAUGUAUAACUAGAGAUUUGAAGUGGGGAGUUCCUGUUCCACAUGAUAAAUUUAAGGACAAGGUAUUCUAUGUCUGGUUUGAUGCACCUAUUGGAUAUGUCUCAAUCACUUCGUGCCACACGCCUGAAUGGGAAAAGUGGUGGAAGAAUCCUGAAGAUGUGGAGCUGUACCAGUUCAUGGGCAAGGAUAAUGUUCCUUUUCAUACUGUUAUAUUCCCUUCCACUCUUCUUGGAACAGGUGAAAACUGGACUAUGAUGAAAACCAUCAGUGUUACAGAAUACUUGAACUACGAAGCAGGGAAGUUCUCAAAGAGCAAGGGUGUUGGAGUCUUUGGAAAUGAUGCAAAAGACACUAAUAUUCCUGUUGAGGUGUGGAGAUACUAUCUUCUGACAAAUAGACCAGAGGUAUCAGACACUUUGUUCACAUGGUCUGACUUGCAAGCGAAGUUGAACAGUGAGCUACUGAGCAAUCUAGGAAAUUUUGUCAACCGAGUCUUGAGUUUUAUAGCGAAGGACCCAGCUUCAGGAUAUGGUUCUGUCAUUCCUGAUGCUCCGGGUGCGGAUUCUCAUCCAUUGACUAAAGCACUGGGAGACAAAGUUGGCAUUUAUGUAGAACAGUACAUAGAAGCAAUGGAGAAGGUGAAACUAAAGCAAGGGUUGAAGAUUGCUAUGAGUAUAUCUGGGGAAGGCAAUGCUUAUUUGCAAGAAAGCCAAUUUUGGAAGCUUUACAAGGAGGAUCGACCUUCUUGUUCCGUGGUCAUGAAAACAUCAACGGGACUAGUGUAUCUCCUUGCAUGCCUCUUAGAACCUUUUAUGCCUUCGUUCACCCUUGAGGUACUUAAGCAGCUCAAUUUGCCACUAGAAGCACAAAUAUCAUUUUCUGAUGAAAAAGGUGAUGUUGAAAGGGCUAAAAGACCCUGGGAGUUCAUACCUGCUCACCAUAGAAUUGGAACUCCAUCCCCAUUGUUUAAAGAACUGAAAGAUGAAGAAGUAGAAUUCUACAGAGAAAAAUUUGCUGGAAGUCAAGCUGAUAGGCUUGUGAAGGCUGAAGCCGAAGCAAAGAAAAUCACUGACAAACUUUCAGAAGCCAAAAUAUCAGAUGGUAAAACUGCAAAGAAGGAUAAAACCAAGAAACCUGCAGCAGCCAAGCCCAAGGUCUCUGCUCCUGCUGAUGCUGAGAUUUCCAUUAGUAGACUAGAUAUUCGUGUUGGUCUCAUUACAAAGGCUCAGAAACAUCCCGAUGCUGAUUCUUUAUAUGUUGAAGAGAUUGACGUUGGUGAGCCACAGCCUCGCACGGUUGUUAGUGGACUUGUCAAGUAUAUACCCCUUGAAGAAAUGCAGAAUCGGAAGGUUUGCGUUCUUUGUAACCUGAAGCCAGCUGCGAUGAGGGGCAUAAAAUCUCAAGCAAUGGUCCUUGCAGCUUCUAAUAGCGAUCACACUAAGGUGGAGUUGGUCGAACCUCCCCAAGGAGCUGUCGUUGGUGAGAGGGUGACGUUCCCAGGGAUUGAAGGCUUGCCAGAUGAUGUCCUAAAUCCCAAGAAGAAGGUGUGGGAAACACUCCAAGUGGAUUUGCAUAGUGACAAGGAUUUGGUGGCUUGCUAUAAAGAUUUGCCACUUACAACCUCAGCAGGUGUCUGCAAGGUUUCGUCCAUCGCUGAAGGUUCAAUCCGAUAGAUUGAUCUUUUCUUCGACUUUCUGAGAUUUUGACCUGUCGAUACUGAAAAAUGUUCAAUUGCUGAAGAUUGUGAAGAACUCAAGUGUCUAUUUGUCUGAUUAAAGUGAAUAGGAUCCUACAAAUUUAUUUCUGUGCGUUGGGAUUUUGCUAGAUAUUUUGUUAUACUUUCAACAUUUAAUGACAAAUCAAGAUUUGUGACUCUCA